AUGCUGGCUCAAGUGAGCUUCCUGGAAACUGAUCCUGCAAGAAAAGCAGCAUCUCCAGAUCCAGAGAGAUGGUGUGGUGAACCAGACAAAACUGGCCUGUCUGGAAGCAUGGGCUGCAGCUCAAGUGCUGGUGGUCACACUGUGGGAAUCAGUUAUUCCGUGCAGCUAUUACCAUCGACCUGCACAUCUUGGCUGUUUGCAGAGAACACCAUCAGUCAAGUCAAGCUGUCUCAGGACAUGGUAACUCAAAAGCAGACAGCUGGAAGUAAAACUGUAGUGAAGCCUAACAUGCGCUUUGUCUCCCCACACCCUCCCUGCCGCCGGCCUUGCCGCUCCGCGCCCCCCGGCCUGCGCCACCGCCUUCGCCUCGCCCCCAAGCAGGAAGGCUCGGACGACGGCCCAGAUUUCCUCUCGGAGGAGGACCGAGGUCUUCGAGCAAUAAAUGUAGAUCUUCAGACUGAUGCUGCUCUGCAAGUGGAUAUCUCAGAUGCACUCAGUGAGAGGGAUAAAGUGAAAUUCACUGUCCAUACAAAGAGUUCCUUACCAAAUUUCAAACAAAAUGAAUUUUCUGUUGUCCGGCAACAUGAAGAGUUUAUUUGGCUUCAUGAUUCUUUUGUUGAGAAUGAGGACUAUGCUGGCUAUAUCAUUCCACCAGCACCACCCAGGCCUGACUUUGAUGCCUCCAGGGAGAAAUUGCAGAAACUUGGAGAAGGGGAAGGAUCGAUGACUAAAGAAGAAUUCACCAAGAUGAAACAAGAACUGGAAGCUGAAUAUUUGGCAAUAUUCAAGAAGACAGUUGCAAUGCAUGAAGUGUUUUUGUGUCGUGUGGCAGCACAUCCUAUUUUGAGAAAGGAUUUAAAUUUCCAUGUAUUCUUGGAAUAUAAUCAGGAUUUGAGUGUUCGUGGGAAAAAUAAGAAAGAGAAACUUGAAGACUUCUUCAAAAAUAUGGUUAAAUCGGCAGAUGGUGUCAUUGUUUCAGGAGUAAAGGAUGUGGAUGACUUCUUUGAACAUGAAAGAACAUUCCUUGUAGAAUAUCACAACCGAGUCAAAGAUGCCUCUGCCAAAUCUGAUAAAAUGACAAAAUCACAUAAAAAUGUGGCAGAUGACUACAAUAGAAUUGGGUCUUCAUUAUAUGCAUUAGGAACGCAGGACUCCACAGAUAUAUGCAAGUUUUUUCUGAAGGUGUCAGAGUUAUUUGACAAAACAAGGAAAAUAGAGGCUCGGGUAUCUGCUGAUGAAGAUCUUAAACUUUCUGAUCUUCUGAAAUAUUACCUUAGGGAAUCUCAAGCUGCUAAGGAUCUCCUAUACAGAAGAUCUAGGUCACUAGUGGAUUAUGAAAAUGCCAAUAAGGCAUUGGAUAAAGCAAGAGCAAAAAAUAAAGAUGUUCUGCAAGCUGAAACUACUCAACAAAUAUGUUGUCAGAAAUUUGAGAAAAUUUCUGAAUCGGCAAAACAAGAACUGAUAGACUUUAAGACAAGAAGAGUUGCAGCAUUCAGAAAAAAUCUGGUGGAACUAGCAGAACUGGAAUUAAAGCAUGCUAAGGGUAACUUACAGCUUCUGCAGAGCUGUCUGGCAGUGUUAAACGGUGACACAUAAGCUACGCUCCGUCCUCCCACUAACAAGGGCUGCCCUCCUCUGGAUUUUGUUUUCAUAACUUUAAAUAGGCAUUUACAGUUCCCUGGAGAAAACAUUUGACAAAGUGCACAUAAGCAAGCUUCUUCUUUCAAAAGAAUUAGAACAAACACCUGAAAGUAGCUCCAGACUAUAUGAACAGUAUACUUGUUAUACAUACAUAUUCAUGUUUAUUUAAUCAUUAUAUGCUUUCAUUGUUCAGAAAACAAAUGCUCGGGUUUUGUGAAAAUAGCCAAUGUAAUCAUAUUCAUGUUAUGAAUACUAUGAUACAGCUGCAAUCUUAUUUACCUUUGUAAGUAAUUUCUGAAGUUCACCAUUCGAAACACAUUGUUCAAAUGGCCUAAAUAUUACCAUUAGAUAUUUCAAUAUUGUUACUAUAAUGACAUUGUAUACACUGUCUUAGUUUUUUUCCAUGUACUGAUAUCAAAAUACUUAUCUUUUUUUCAAUUGUGAACAUUUCUUAGAAAUUUUGGAGAAUUUUGUGUAACCUUUAUAACUAUGAUUUAAAAAGAAAAGCAGAUGCAUUAGUAUGUUUGCCUUAACUUGUAGACUAAUCCAAUUAUUGUAAAAUAAACCAUGAAAUCAAUGAUUUUUCUAAAAUUAUGCAGACAUUGUAUCAUCUGUAAGCUUUAUAUUUUCUAGUAAAUUAGAUUUUUUUUUUCUCUACUCAUCACGUAAAAACCAUUGACUAAGUACUGGAUUGGUCUGACACUACUCGCCCGGUACUUUUUCACUUGCAUUCUCAGGUUUUAUCUCUUUGUCUGUGACUUUCUAUCCAGUGUACUUAAAUUGUUUUGAGCUUGGUGGCUGACUCUGCAAUUUCUUUGGCAGAAAUAUUUUACAGAGAACUUCUUGGGGGUUUCUUUCCAGAAAAGUGAAGUAGUAGUGGAAGGGAGUUCAGAAAGUGCAUAAAAUAUCUAUGAAAAGUAAUACUGCCCCACUGUGAUAGAGAUAAAAAGAUUUGCUUCAGAAAAAAAAGUGAAGGUAUCCCCUAUGAAGGAAUGUGUGAAAAAGAUCUCAUUCUGCUAACUGAACUUAGAACUAUGAAGCCAGUUUUAAUAGUUGUAUUGAUUUAUGUCUCUUACUUGAACCACAGAUUUUUUCCAAGAGGUGCUGUUCUGUUGUGUAGUUUCAGGAUGUUGUAAAAUUAGGCUUUACUUGAUGAAUUGCUCUUCACAGUGGGAUUGCUGCUUUAUAUGGGUUUGUAGGCCUUCAGCGGAGCAGCAGAAUUUUGGGUGAAUGGUAUAUUUGGAAGUGCAGAUCAGUGUAAGUCAAUAUCUCUGUGGUUACAGAUGCCCUGUACCAGAGGUGAAAGAUUUGUUUCGUUUUGUUUUUUUUCUCAAAUAGGGUGAAUUGCACAGUGUAGUAUACUUACCCUGCUGCCUUGCACAUCAGAACAUUGCAGAGGAGUUUGCAUUGUGUGUUGAUUCGUGUACGCAUCACCUCAGGCUUCGAUGGCCAUUGCCCAAUGGCUCUUGGCAACUCGCCUAGUACAGAGUAUUCCCAGCAAUGCCUAUUGCACUAAUACUGUGCUGUUCAUCUUCCAAAUAUAACAGGUAUAAUUCCUAAGGAACUCAUCUAUAAAUAGACUAUAAGGGACAAAGAUGACAAUGUAUAUACAGUUACCAAAAUUGUAAAUAUUUUAAGUAGGAUGUGGGAACAGUUUUUAGGUUAGUUUUUGCUGUUCAGUGUUACUAGCUCAUUAAACUUUUUUCAAUCCUC